AUGAUAGAGAAUACGAUCGAUAAUGUUUUCCAGUGGCUUCGCAUCGAAUUUGGUAAUACAGAGUCAAAACUUGCUUAUCUCACCAAAACAGAUCUGUUGUAUUACGCCAAGAAACUCAGUCCUCGGGCAGAUGAACAGAAUGCCAGCGAUUUGACUCCACUGCCAUUGCCAACAGAAGAGGAUAUUUCUUACGACACUGUGAUCGAAGAGUCAGAAGAGUUUGUUUUACCGGAGCCGAGAGAAUCGGAGCUGUACGAACAAGAAUAUGGAGGAGAAGAAAUAUUUUAUGUGAAUGAAGAACAAGAACUAGUAUCCGAGCAACCACGGAAGGAACAUAGACUUCGGUUGCUCAACUCGAUAAUAAGCAGAUGUGCAACUGUUCGAAUGAAUGCUGAAGCCUUGGCUGCGCAAGACGAUGAGGAGGCGAUGGAAAUUCUGGAGACAAUUGAUGAAUAUAUGAGAUGUGCUGCGACCGCAGCACCAAGUAGCACCUCAUUUGAAGUGGAACCUGAAGCGACAAAUGACGGAGGAAGAGCAAAUCCCAUGAAAGUUCGCUUUUAUCCGGGGAAGGAACUGAAGGAGUCGAGAUGGAAACUCGUUCCCGGUGAACACCAAAAUGGAGAAGCAUCUGCGCAUUGUGAAGAUGAAGAAGAAGAAGAAGAGGAAAUCACGGUCGAUUAA